CUGCCGCCGCGGCCGCAUCUCCCAGUGGAAGCUCCGGGAACACUUUGUUCUUUGUCGCCCCCGUCGUCGUGGUCUCGCUGGUUACACACCUGCAGUCUUAUACCUGAAGGCCACCACGCAACACUUCGCGUCUACCGCUGCUAUGGCUCUCCUCAAGCUGGGCAUGGUGUUGGUGACGUUCGGGGUGCUGGCUGUGGCCGAUAAAGCUCCUUCAGGGCCCGAGUUGCACCACUUUGUCGGGCAAGGUGGCUAUGACGGUUUCGGCCAGGAUGUGGCCCCAGUGCCCGUAUACGGUGGCCCAUCACAUGAUAUAGGGAUCCAGCAGAGUGAAGGAGGGUACCCGCCCCCUGCAUAUCCCGCUCAGCAGACCUACCACCACACUGGCUACCAGACACAAUAUGUGGCCGUUCCCAGACCUUAUCCCAUAAGUGGUGGAGGCAAAGGCAAGGGCAAAGGAGGAGGUAUUGGCAACCCCCUCAAGGAAUUAGACAAGAUGAUAAAGGAUGCUGGAAAGAAGUUAUCUAAAUUCAUGAGUGAGUACAUUGACUACAACGUUGAAGACACGUACGUUGAGCCAACCUAUUCUUACGCUGCACCAGUUGCAUCAUAUGGAGCUCCAUCACAGUCUUAUGGUCCCCCUGCCCAAGGUUAUGGCCAUAGCCAUACCGAGUACAAGACCACAUACCAAGCUAUCCCUGUCCCUGUCCAGUAUGAGGAGGAGGAGGAGUCGUUUGGCAAGAAGCUAGCAAAGGGUUGGGAAAAGGCCAAAGAGCAAGUUUCCAAGUGGGAGGAGGAGGCCUCUAAGAAAAUUAAAGACUUGUUCUACAAAGAGGAGGAACCAGAGUACAUCUACUAUGAAACACCAGCUCAUUAUGCUCCUUCCUAUGGUGCACAAGCUUACCAGGCUCCAUUGCCAGUGUCCUUAGGAAAGGGAAAAGGUGGUGGUAGUGGAGGUGGCAAAGGCUUCGGAGGUGGCAAGGGAGGCUUCGGAGGCAAGGGAAAAGGUGGUAAGGGCAAAGGUGGCGGUGGCGGUGGUGGUUUCAUUGCCCCAGCUCCACAGCCCAUCAUUGUGCAACCUCAAUCGUAUGGUCCUCCUCCUCCAUCUUACGGUCCUCCUCCACAAUCUUAUGGUCCUCCUCCUCCAUCUUACGGUCCUCCUCCAACAUCUUAUGGUGCUCCAACUGGUGGUUUUGGGCACGAUGGAGGUUCCUUCCUGCGCGAGGGUCCUAUUCACGAUGCGGGCCCAGCUGAAGUCUCCUCAUAUGCUUCAUAAUCAGAGCAUCAUCCACAUGGUCAAGCUCACCCGCCUCAUCUCUGUCUAGCCAGAAUUCCUACCUUAAUGCAUGCCAUAGUUUAUAAGAUUUAAUUUCCCCUCUAAUGUGGGUCAAUAGGCAACCCGCACUCCAUAUUUCAUGGUUGUGAUAUUCCAAAUUGCUCUCUACUACUUGGCUGCUUUCCUCGAGACAAAUCCAUCAGGGCUGUCACUGGCUUGUAGUGAGGUAGUGCCACAAACAUUUUCCUGUACAAAAUAUUAGUGUUUUACAUUCUUAAAAACACUUGAAUUACGGCUAAUUUUGUUUUUUUAAUUCUCUGCAUUGUUAUUUUCUCUGUAAGCAUUACACUCAUCUUCCAUGGUGUUUAUAACUACUGUUCGUAGAAUAGAUUUGUUGACAUUAGAUUUUUGUUGUGCUAAAUGUUAUAUCUUGCUAGUCGAGAUUCAGCAUACUUUUGAAAUAACCGAGACUUUUCAAGACAUUCAUUGUGCUAUACUAAUUACCUUCAAAUUUAGAAUAUCAUUGUACUUUUACUAUUAUAUUUUCAUUUAUUUAUAGAUUUAUAAUAUGGACAAUUAAGUUCAUUUUCUAUUAUGACAACUAUAAGCAUGGAGGGUAAGGAUUCAGGGGAACCAAAGGCACUACUGCCUUGCAGGUGGUCACAGCCGCACACACCACCACCACUCUCUCAUGUUAUUUAUACAGUAUUUAGUUUAUAUUUAAGAUAUUUUAUAUAUAUUAGAACUUAAUUUCGUGUGCAUUAGGUUAUGUGAAAAUAGCCUAAACUUAUAAAAUCCCAAUACUGUACUGUAAUUCCAUGUUUAAUUUUUUCAUAUUAUAUUAUAGGAGUAUACAUUAGUAAGACUUAGUUACUGGGGUUUCCUGAUGGCAUAAAAUAAGCCAUUGGCUGUGCCAAAGGUUUUUUCACGUAGCCUUACUAAUCACGUGGUGGUCGGCUUCAAUGUUGAAACUUGCUCCCUUUUACGUAUUACAAAAUCCUAUAUAUUCAUGUGUAUUUGUCUUGUCACAACCCCAGGAGAGUGAGACCGCUGCAGUAUUAGCUUCCCUGGUGCCUGCCUCUCCUUCCCUCCACCUCUCAUCUUAAUUUCAUUUGUUUUGCUCUUGGCUUUAUAUUAGGAAAGUGUUACAUAGGAUUUAACCCUUGGAUGAUGCCUUUUUAUCAGAUGAAGUAUAAGGGGUCGAACUAAGGAAUUUGUUAUAGUUAGAUAAUUCAGAGCAUUUAAAACAAUCAUAAAUUUAGAGUACUGUAUGUGUAAAAAUGUAACAAUUGUAUGAAGAAUCUAAAGGAAUGUUAUAUGUGAACUGUGUGUUAUUGUAAAUACAUACUAUACUGAACUAUAAGUACUGAACUGAAUAAGUGAACUAUACUGUAUUAAUGCAAAAAUUUAAGUGUUAAAAAAAUAACUAUCAUCCACCAUAGUACCAGAGUAAUUUAGAAACUCUUCACACCCAAGCACUUAUUGCUAGUUUGUUUAGUAUUGUUGUCCAAAAAGUGCAUCAUAUAUGUAGCAAAUAAUCAUAGUUCAGCAUGCAGAUGAUGAGUCACAAUAACGUGGCUGAAGAAACGAUGACCAAAUCACAACUCGGAAAAUGGAGAAGCGAUGACGUUUCGGUCCAUCCUGGACCACACGAUAAUGGUCCAGGACGGACCAAAAUUAUGUCGUUUCUCCAUCUACUCAGUUGUUGUUUGGUCAUCAUAGUUCAGCAUACCAAAUCAAAUCGGUGUGUUAAUAUUAGUAUACAGUAUUUUUGUAUUUCAUUUCUGGAGGAUCCAGUGUGCAUUGGAUGAGCCAAUCUUUAGUCCUCUUUCAAUAAAAUUUCCUGUACCUGUCUCCCUCUACCAUUAGUUUGAAGAGAACCUGUCAGCUGCUCGCCACACUCCUUGCUCCCCUGCGUGGCAGCAGACACAAUCAGGACCUUGCUCAAAACUUACAAAUGGGAAUGGUUUCCCAGUUCUGUCACUCUUCUUGAGGGCUUGAUGGACCCAUUCCUGAAAAGGAGCAUUGUUUAUUUGUAAACUUGAACAAGCACAAACACACACACACAUAUAUAUACAGUAUAUAUUAAUUCACAAGUAAAUACAAUAUAAAGAAGACUUUUACUACCUUUUCUCUAUAUUUCCUAAUAUUCUCUAUUUUUGAAAUAUAGAUGAAUGUUUGAGUUUUAUUUCUAUUGUGAGUUUACAAGAAUAUAUAUACAAACCAUGGUAUCAUAGGAGAUUAUAUAAUAUAUAUAUAAACACACACACAUUGUAUAUAAAUACAUACAUGCACAUGUAAUGUGUAUAGUUUUCAGUGUUGGAAUAUGCCAGUUUGUUAUGCAUCAGUUGUUAUAAUAUAAAGAUCAGCCAUUGUGCGACACUGGUAGUAUCAAGCUGUGGCCGAUCAUGUCAGCGUAAUGUAAAGGUUUGUGUUUGGUACUCUCACAGUCGCCUGUGGCUGAUGUUCCUCCCUCAGCCUCUACGAGUACCGGGAAAGUCGUUUUUUAAAUUUUGCGAGCCUAGGGCUAUAGUCUUAACAUAAGAGUUUCUUUUUAGUGUUACAAAUCAGCAGAUUCCAGAGGUUUAUUUUCUUUUGAAGCCAAGUCAGUCAAAGUUGAAGUGAAUUUUAGCAUAAAUUGUUUCAACCUGCUUCUCAUAUCCACAAAGUACACAAAUAUAUGCUGUAUUCUGAUUCAAAAAUUGUAUUCUACUUGUAAAUCCUUGGAAGUUGUCAUAAUUUAUUGUUACUCGAGAUCCCAGAGAUGAUGUUUUCCUCAGAACUGGUGUGAAGACUUUCCUGUGACCCCUGCGAGAGCUGCCUCAGGAGUUACCUCACAGUGUAUCAGUAUAGUGUAAGCUUAUACAUUCUAGCAUUAAGAGUGUCUUCAAUAUGAUGUUGUAAAGUACAGAAAUUUGUGUGUAUCUCAUCUUUAUAUAUUAAUAAAGGCCAUUUUAAAUUA